UCCAUGCCCUGGGAUGAAUCCCACCCAGGCCCACAGGCUCGCGGACAUUCCACGGGUGAUUUCAGUAACCGCAAAUGGAAAAUCACUGUCCCCGCAGCCAUGACCCUCCAACUCUGUUGGACACCCUUGGGCACACAGAUAAGCUGGCGGUGCUUGGCAGUGCUGCCGCAGCAGUGGGAGGGCAGAUGACUGGGGAAGGGCACCAGGAGCAGCUAAAAGCAGAGAGGACGCCCAAGAGAGACGAGUGCCCACGGAACUCUGCUUGCCGGACCUGCUUGCCCUGAGGACGAGAUGUUGCUCAGCGUGGCUUUUGGCAUUGGGGUCCUGCUGGCGCUGGCAGGCAGCACGGCCGCGCACGGCUGCGGUGCCCCGCACCACCUGGUCUCCAAGCUGCUGCACCAGCUGGAGGACUCUGUCAAGAGAGAUGAGCCACCAAACCCCAGCAUCCUGCUGGCCAUGAACCUGGCCGGGGCCACCGACAGUUCUGCCCGCCAGUGGCUGCUCCAGCAGAUACAGAAGGAAGCCGUGAAAAAAAGCCCAGAAAGGUAGGGAGGGGCAGGGGACAUGACCUCGGGACAGGUGGCUCUGUACGUGCUCGCCCUCCUCUCCUCCUGCCAGAACCCCCAGCAAGUCCACGCGUUGGGCACAACUGUCGACCUGCUCAGCAUCCUGCAGCAGAAAACGGAUGAGGAGAUGGCCAGCCUUGGGUACGCCGGUGUCCCAAUAACCACCCUGUACAGCGUGAGCCUGGACGCCCUGGCCCUAUGCCUGGCAGGGGCGGGUGGCUACCGAGGGCCAUCUGUGAUGCUGGCCAAGCAGGUGCUGAGCCCUGAGAGCGACAUCUCCGUGGACACCCGUGCCGUGGCGGCGCUGGCACUGACAUGCACGUACAGCCACGUGGAUCUCCAGGAUGAGCAGGAUCUGCUCUGGGAGGCACUGUCGACAGUGACCAACGAAUUCCUCGACGAGCAGGAGAAAGGCAAUGGCAUGAUUGGGAACAUCUACAGCAUGGGGCUGGCCCUGCAGGCACUGGGGGCCACAAGUAAGUUUUAUGCCCCACGGGAGUGGGACUGCACCCAGGCCUUCUCGGUGGUGUACAAGCAUGACUACCGCCUGCCCAUGGCCAUUGCCCAGGUCCUGCCUGCCCUCGUGGGCAAGUCGUACCUGGAAGCGGCUCAUGUGGAUUGCGACGCCAUUGCUGGUAUGUCCCCAAGCUUACAGUUGUUCCUGUCCCCAAAGCUGGGUACAGCUGGGGUUCACAGAGCCUCCAUCACGGUGCACUACUCCGUCAUCAACAAGCUGCGGGGAAAGCACUUCAGCUACACCAUCUCAGUGCAGGUCCCACGCGGCUCCACGCUGCUCAGGGUGCUGCAGGAGGCGGCAGCGAAGGAGCCCAACAAGUUCAGCUUCAAGACGGAGCAGACGUCCUGGGGCCCCAUGGUAGUCUCCAUCCACGGGCUGGCCGCCAGCUCGGCCGACAGGACAUACUGGCAGUUCCUCAGCGGCCAGGACGCCCUCCAGGAAGGGGUUGGCACGUACAAGCCGCACAUGGGGGAGCAUAUCCAGGCUGUCUUCAGCACCUACUGAAGCCAUCGAGGGAUGCCACGACCCACCACGGAGGCAAUAAAGAGCCACUUGCAGCACA